AUGAAUGUAUCUGAAAUCUUUGGCCAAAUCCCUUCUGAGUUCAUCCUGACUGGUCUGUCCUGGGUUUCGGAACAGAAACUAACUGCCUGGUGCUCUCUGCUUUUCCUGUUGAUGUACAUUGUUGUCAUCCUUGGUAACUGUGGGAUAAUUAUCCUGGUUAGGGCUGACCGCAAGCUCCAUGAACCCAUGCAUGUGCUGACCUCCCUGCUCGCCAUGCUGGAUCUGACCGUAGCUUCUUCAGUCAUACCUAAAGUGUUGGCUAUCCUGUGGUAUGGCUCAAACACUGUGAGUGCCGGAGCCUGCCUCACUCAGAUGUAUAUACUCUACACCAUGUUUGGCUUUGAGUCGUCUCUCUUUGCACUCAUGUCCUUAGACCGUUAUGUGGCCAUUUGUCACCCUCUCCGACACAAUACUGUAAUGUCAAACUCUUUCAUAAUCAAAUUGAUUCUGUUUACUGUGGUGAGAAACAGUACCCUAUUGGUCCCCAUGCCCAUUCUAACUAAAGCCUUGACGUUCUGCAAGAAUAACCUGAUUGCCCACUCUUACUGCGAGUUCGUCGAGGUGAUAAAACUGUCCUGUGGAGAUUUAACGCCCUUGGUGAUAUACAUGGUGUCUUUAAUAUUUCUUAUUCCUGCCAGUGAUAAUGCCAUUAUCAUUUUUUCUUAUAUCAUGAUUUUAAAAGUCGUCCACUCAUUGAAAUCCUCCGAGGCUCAAUGGAAAGCCCUGAACACCUGCAGCUCCCAUGCUAUCAUGCUCUCCAUGUUCUAUUUUUCAGCUUGUAUCCCUCUUGUCAUCUUUCUUUAUUUCCCAGAUUCACCACUGCCCCUAAAGACACUUCCAGAGGUCUUGAGCUGUCUUCUUAUUCCUGUGAUUAAUCCGAUUGUCUAUGGAGUGAGGACCAAGGAGAUACAAGAGGGAUUCAAACGACUUUACUGGAAGGUGCUGGCAUUUUAA